AUGAUUACGUCACAAACUUUGGUCUCUGUUCUUUUCUCUGUCUUCUUCUUGUCUCUCCCUUUCUCCUCAUUCGCUGCACCUCCGUCGUCGGAUUCCGUCUACGAAUCCUUCGUUCAAUGUUUCUCCGACAAGACGAAAUCCCCGCAAACCCAGAUCACCCAAAAUGUCUUCUCUCAGACAAACCCAUCUUACUCCUCUGUUCUCCGUGCUUACAUCCGAAACGCGAGAUUCAACACUUCCUCUACUCCUAAACCCACAAUCAUCGUCACCCCUCGCACCGAGAGCGACGUCAGCGCCGCCGUCAUCUGCUCCAAGUCCCUAAAUUUCGUCAUCAAAAUCCGAAGCGGCGGCCACGAUUACGAGGGUCUCUCAUACAUCUCCGAUAAACCCUUUUUCAUCCUCGACAUGUCGAAUCUCCGUGAUGUCACUGUCGAUAUCGCCGAUCAAUCGGCGUGGAUCUCCGCUGGAGCGACUCUCGGCGAGGUGUAUUACGGAAUUUGGGAGAAAAGCAAAGUCCAUGGAUUCCCCGCCGGAGUUUGUCCCACGGUUGGUGUCGGUGGGCAUUUGAGCGGCGCUGGAUACGGGAAUAUGGUGAGAAAAUUCGGACUAUCGGUGGAUUACGUCGUGGACGCGAAGAUCGUCGAUGUAAAAGGUCAGGUUUUAGACCGAAAGUCAAUGGGUGAGGAUCUGUUCUGGGCGAUUUGCGGCGGAGGAGGAGGAAGCUUCGGCGUCGUUUUGGGAUACAAGAUCAAGCUCGUUCCCGUGCCACAGACUGUGACGGUUUUCCGGGUGGAGCAAUAUAUGAAUUCAGGAGCAGUGGAUAUGGUUCACAAAUGGCAAUCCGUUGGUCCUAAAACCGACCCGAAUCUGUUCAUGAGGAUGCUUAUUCAGCCGGUGACGAGGUCAAAGGUGAAGACGGUGAGAGCUUCCGUGGUUGCUCUGUUCUUAGGCAGAGCGAACGACGUCGUUUCGUUGCUUGCAAAGGAUUUCCCUGAACUGGGAUUGAAGAAGGAGAAUUGCACGGAGAUGACUUGGAUUCAGUCGGCUAUGUGGUGGGACAAUGAUGAGAACGCCACUACCACCGAUCCUAAAGUGUUUCUUGAUCGCAAUCUCGAUUCCGCGAGCUUCGGGAAGAGAAAAUCGGAUUACGUCGCUACCGAGAUUCCCAGAGAUGGGAUUGAGUCUUUGUUCAAGAAGAUGAUCGAGUUGGGGAAAAUCGGUUUGGUUUUCAAUCCGUACGGUGGGAAAAUGGCGGAGGUCGCGGAGGAUGCAACGCCGUUCCCGCACCGGAAGAAGCUUUUCAAAAUUCAGUACUCUGUAAACUGGAAAGAAUCGUCUCCGGAGAUUGAGAAGGGUUUCUUGAACCAGGCUAAGGUGCUUUACAGUUUCAUGACUGGGUUUGUGAGCAAGAACCCUAGAAAUGCUUACUUGAAUUACAGAGAUGUCGAUAUUGGGGUGAACGAUCACGGGCCGAAUAGCUACAAGGAAGGAGAAGUGUACGGAAGGAAGUAUUUUGGUGCUAAUUUCGAUCGAUUAGUCAAGAUUAAAACCGCGGUUGAUCCAGAAAAUUUCUUUAGGAAUGAACAGAGUAUACCUACCUUGCCAAGCAAGGCAGAGUGA